CACUGCAAACAUUUACAUAAAUUUAAUCUGCAAGUACUUGAGCAAGGAGCCACUCAGCUCGAGUAGAGUUCUAAAUAGCAUUCAUAGGGGAGGUGCAAUUAAGGAGAUGCAUUCAUCAUCGAUGGUGGUACCAUCCUUUCUCUUAUGUAUAGCUUAUUCAAAUUCGUUGUUAAUGAUGUGAAUUUCUUUGAGGUUUUAUAUAUUACUUUCUAUGAAUUAAUCAGAUAUUUUAGUCAUUAGAUGCUUUAGUCAUUCAAUGUUUAUAUGAUGAAGACCCACCCUCAUUGCAUGAGGGUGCUCCUUAUGAUCAAAAUUUAAUCAAAUUUAUGGGAUGUGAAAGAUGAUAAGACAUAGGAACUAUAAUGAUCCGAAUCGUCAAUCCAAACAUCCGGCAACGACCCAGAUUAAUUCAUUUCAUUGUUCUAAUUAAGUUGUCCGUUUAAAUUCAUGUACUCCAUUACAUUGCAAUUAACCUAAUCCUUAAUCUAGAGCUGGCAUUCGGUAACCCGGUAUUCAGUAUAACCGGUUACCGAAUAGAUUACCGACGAUAUCUGAUAUACCAUUUAAUGUCGGUAUCAGUAUUCGGCAUAUAGAAAUUGGAAACGGUAAUACCGAAAUAUAAUUGGUAAUACACCAACGGCGAGCCGGUAUACUGUAAUACCAGAUCAACUGUUUCUAGGGAAAAAAGACAGCGUAUUCCCCCCAACCCAACCCUAACUCCAUGCUUUGCCUCCCUCUGCCUGCCUCCACGCCACGUGUUUCUCUUCUCUGUUUCUAUAAGAGAUGGAGAGCUUCCGGCCGGGAGCUUCCAAGAUGAUAUCGCUCGUAAUCGAGGCACGGUCUCCCUGGUGCCAAAUCUCAGGAAGGGUUCAUAUUCGGUUGUGCUGAGAAAGUCGGUGGGGACUUUGGUCGAACAACUGGUGUGCUCGGGCUCGGACUAAGGCAGUUGUCGCUGCUGGCACAGACAGAUCCGAACCUCUUCAACAUCUUCUGUUUACUGCCUUCCGCAUCUAGAUGGCAAUGAGUCGGGCCAGAGCGGGUACCUAAAUACCCAUGCCCCGCCCCACGUUACUAUGGGUCGGGGCGGGUAAUACCCGCGCGGGUACGGGGCGGGUCGACCCACUCUUAUAUGCUAUUUGAAAAAAAAUACAAGCAAAAUUUUACCUUUUACAAUAAAACGAAGGGGAAAGACUUCAUGAAUGAAUAAUAGUGAUAAUAUAAUGGGUAAUUGGAUCUAUUUAAUUGAAAGAUCAAGUCUAACUAGUUGAAGAAAAUCCAGAAUAGGAGAUAUAUGAAUGAAUGGUGUAAGAAAUUCAUAGAACGAGCCAAGAAUGGGGCGGGGCGGGUCAGAAGUUGAUACCCUUGCCUCGCCCCAUGCUACUGCGGGUCGGGUAAUACCUGCCCCAUCGCGGGUCAGGUCGGGUAAUACCCGACGGGGCGGGUUCAAAUUGCCAUCCCUACUUCCGCACAGGGAUUCCGCAACUGGGGUGCUCUGGUUUGGGGUCCAGGCGAUGGAGAGCUGCCGGCUGGGAGCUUCCAAGAGGAUCUCGCUCGUGAUCGACCCGAACAAUAACGGUCUCACCAACUAUGACGUUAAAUCCACCAGCAUAACUCUCGGUUCUUAGAGAUUGGACUUCAAUUCAUUGGUCUCUUCCCCGAUGAGCACGUUAUUAGAUUCCGGGACCGUCGUGACGCGGUUACCUCUGGCGGUCUAUUCAGCCCUCCGGACUGCAUUCCGGGGGAUGAUGUCGGGGUACCCCAGGGCGGAGCCAGCUAAUUUGUUUGAUACUUGCUAUAAUUUGGAGGGGGCAUGAGUAGGAUUGGACGCCGCGGCGGUGGUGCUGCAUUUUGAGAAUUCGAUCCGUCGGCGGUGACACUGAAGGAAGGAGAUGGGAAAUCGGCGCCUCAAGUUUGCUUGGCUUUCGCUGGUAAUGGCGAUGAGAAUGAAUUGACCAUUAUUGG